AUGUUGUUCGGAGUUAGACUAGCAAACCAGAUGUAUUCGCCAUGGAAGAACUCUUACAUGGACUACGAAAGGUUGAAGAAACUCUUGAAAGAGUCGAUUAUCGAUGAAAUCAAGUUCACCGGCAGAAAAUCACACCGCAACCAAAACAUCUGGUCCGAUAAGGACGAGUCUGAAUUUGUCGCGGUGCUAGACGCAGAGCUAGAAAAGGUUUACAGUUUCCAGAGCUCUAAGUACAACUCAAUAAUGGAAAAACUCGUGCAGUUGGAACGCAAAACCGACGACGAAGAGGCAAUCCGUUCGCUCGAUUUCAAGAACUUUCAGCGCGUGCUAGAAGACGCUUUGAGCGAAGCCCAAGAGCUGGACAACUUCUGCAGAGUCAACUUCACUGGGUUCAUCAAGAUCGUCAAAAAGCACGACAAAAUCCACCCCCAGUAUCCGUCAGUCAAGUCGCUUCUUCAAGUAAGGUUGAAAGAGUUGCCUUUCAAUUCUGAAGAGUACUCCCCACUGCUCUACAAGAUUUCCUUUCUUUACAACAUAUUGAGAACUAACUCGCCAACCGUUUCAACAUCGUUGGCAACUUCUGCAAAACUUUCCAGUGUCAAUAAUCAUGAAGAAAGCUCCUUCCAAAGCUAUACGUUUUGGAUUCAUCCAGACAAUUUGAUGGAGGUGAAAACUAGAAUCUUGAGACAUUUGCCCGUUCUGGUUUACGCUUCUCCACCCAGCGAGAGCAGUGACUUAAUCGACAGAUUGGAGUCAUCUGUCAUGAACUCCGAUGUUUCUUUCCAACCUCCUUCUAGCAGCAGUAGCACGUCUGAGGCAGAUCAUAUCAGUGCCAAAGGUUACGAUCCUGUGGUGAGAACCAUUUACUUUGAUAACGAUUCGUUUGAACUCUACAACAAUAAGCUUCUAAAAUCAAGUUCCAACCCAACUCUCAGAUUGAGAUGGACCGGAAAGUUGGCAGAUAAACCUGACAUCUUUUUAGAAAAAAGAACAUUGAUUGAAGACCGCAGCUCAGGAGUCUCAGAUUUUGAAGAAACUAGGCUGAAAUUGAAACCAAAAUUCAUAAACGGCUUUAUCUUCAACGGCGACCAGGAAUACAAAGAGAAGAGUUUGAAGAAACUAAAAGAUCGCGGUUCUGCAGAAGGUGAGGCAGAUAAAUUAAGCAACAAUUUUGACACCAUACAGAAAUUUGUGCUUGAAAACGAGCUACAACCGGUAUUGAGAGCCAUGUACUCGAGAACUGCCUUCCAAAUUCCAGGUGACGACCGUGUCAGAAUCAGCAUUGAUUCUGACCUGAUGUACAUAAGGGAAGAUUCCUUCGACGAGGACAAACCUAUUCGUAACCCUAAAAGCUGGCACAGAUCUGACAUUGAUACCAAUAUUCCCAACCCGCUAAAAUUUUUGAGAUCUGGUGAAUACGCCAAGUUCCCUUACGCCAUCUUAGAUAUCAGGAUCAGAAACCCGGUGACUGAAUCGACCAACAAAAACAGGGACAAUUUACAAGCACAAUUACCAGGCAAACAUGCCAAGUGGGUCGAAGAGUUAACAAACUCUCAUUUAGUCAAAGAGGUUGCCAAUUUUUCCAAGUAUGCUCAAGGUGUUGCAUCGCUAUUCGGAGAUGAUGAGAACUUAGAUAUGCUUCCUUUCUGGCUGCCCGAUAUAGAGGCUGACAUUAGAAAAGAUCCGAAGCAAGCUUAUGAAGAGGAAAAGAAAAAGCUUGAAGAGCAGAAGGUCAAUAAAGCCCGACUUGCCAAACUCAAGCGUUUAUCUGUUGUUCAAGGUCCAAGCGAUGAAUCUGGCAAGCCUUCCGCCGUAAAUGGCUCACCAGAAAUUGAAGAAAGAGAACCAGACUUAGAAGAUCCGGAAUCAUCCGACGACGAGACCUCAUCGCCUGCCAUGAGGAAGCGCAAGCGCCAUGCCAACUUCUUGGAUGUCUUGGUUGGCAGACACGGCAAGCUCACUAACUUUGAUUCCGAAGAUGAAGAAUUUGAGCUACCUCCUGGUGUAAAAAAGCCAACGUCUUAUAUCAAAAACGCGGGCCCCUUGAAAGUCGAAGCAAAAGUUUGGCUGGCCAACGAAAGAACUUUUAACAGGUGGUUAUCUCUAACCACUUUGAUGAGUGUGUUGACUUUCUCUAUUUACAGCUCAGUUAGAAAAGCAGAGCACCCUAAGUUAGCCACCUUCGUUGCCUACACUUAUUUUGGGAUAACCAUUUUCACUGGUUUGUGGUCGUACUACACUUACACCAAUAGAGUGAAGGUAAUCCGAGCCAGAAGUGGAAAGCAUCUAGAUGCGCCUUUGGGGCCUUUGCUGGUCGCUGUUGUCGUCGUAUUCACCCUGGUUGUCAAUUUUGUUAUUGCUUUCAGAGAUGUAGCUCAGAGAAGAAAAAACGAGUCCAGCAUCUCUUCUGUUGCCGGAGAAGAACCAUUGCCUGUCCUUGCUCAGUACGUUCAAAACUUUGUGUUUUCAUUGGUCGGCGCCAACGAGUCGUGA